CCUAAUCCCAAGGAAUUCAAUAGCGCUCCUAACGGCGAAAAUCAGAAGUAUUCUUGUAAUCAUGAUCAUGAGAUGUGUUUGUAAACAGCGUGGUGUAGUGUGAUACUAAGCGAAUUUUUCGAAUGAUUCGGUUCCAAGUUGACAUAACAAAAAACAAUGAGAUUGUUAAAUGAUACUUAAAUACAUUUAAUAUUUAAAUAAGUUAUUUGUUUUAACACAUGACUGAAAAAUUUAUUCAAUAUGUCUGCAAAAACUAUGUCCAUUACUCUCGAUCAGCCAGCAAAUGCAUUAGCAGCCAACAAAGAUUCAGCACAAGUGGCAGUUGCAGGAAGAAAUGUGUUUAAAGUUUUCAAUAUUGAAGAUGACGAAUUCACUGAAUGUCUCAACUUAAGAGUAGGAAAAAAUCUCAAUCUUAACUUCAGUUGUGUUGAUGUUGCUUGGAAUCCUAUAGAAGAUAACGUACUGGCAACUGCAGCUUCUAAUGGAGCAGUUGUUACUUGGAAUUUGAAUAAGAAUUCAAGAUCAAAACAAGACAUUGUUUAUCAAGACCAUAAAAGAACAGUAAAUAAAGUAUGUUUCCAUCCAACAGAACCCUACAUAUUAAUUAGUGGAUCACAAGAUGGUACCAUGAAAUUAUUUGAUCUUAGAAAGAAAGAUGUUGCUAGUACAUUUUAUAGUCAGUCAGAAAGUGUUAGAGAUGUACAGUUUACUCCACAUCACUACUUCUUUUUUGCUGCUGUUCAAGAAAAUGGUAAUGUUCAGAUUUGGGAUCUACGUAGGUCAGAUCGUUAUGACAGGCAGUUUACGGCACAUAAUGGACCCAUAUUUACGUGCGAUUGGCAUCCAGAAGAGAAAAAAUGGUUGGCAACAGCUGGAAGAGAUAAAUCUAUUAAGGUUUGGGAUUUAAGUGCAAAACCAGUUUUAGAUUAUUGUAUACAAACAAUUGCAUCUGUUGUGCAUGUUAAAUGGAGACCACAAAAGAAAUUUAAUAUUGCUAGCAGUAGUCUGUUAUUAGAUUUUGAUGUAAAUGUCUGGGAUAUACGAAGACCUUAUAUUCCUUUUGCAGCAUUUAGUGAGCAUAAGGAUGUGACUACAGGUUUUGUUUGGCGGCAAGAUCCACAAAUACUUCUUUCUACAAGUAAAGACUGUACUCUUUAUCAGCAUGUUUUUAGAGAUGCUAAAAGACCAGCAGAUCAAGCUACACCCAUUGGUCUUGACAUAAAUAAUUUUGGUGACAUUUCAUUUGCUGCAAGUGAAAGAAUUAUUGAUGAUGGCAGUGCCUCGAUUAAAGGAUCUAAUUAUUCUUCUACUAAGUUACCUGUAUUUUUCCGUAAAGUUCCAAAUCCAGCUGAUCAGUUUCGAUCUGCCCUCAGUUCAAUGUUAUAUUUCAAAAAUAGUAAAAAUGAGUUUUUGUCAAUGGAUUGGUUUGUUGAAAGUGCCCGUAAAUAUAAAUUGUCAGGCAAACCCAUUGAAGAAUUGUGCGACCAUAAUGCUGAAGUAGCAUCGAAAUUAUGCCGAUUUCAUAUUAGUCAAACAUGGCAAAUUCUGAAAAUAUUAUAUAACAGUGGAUCAUCAUUUGUGCCAGAUUAUUCUCAGGCAUCGACAGGAAUUGGAAUUACAUCAGAAUCUCUGAGAAAUGAAGUUGAUAGAGUCAUAGAUGAUGGAAAUAAUAAUCGUUCUAGUAGACAUAAUAGUGGAAACAAUCUUAGAAACAGACAUCAGAGUGGUAAUAAGAAUACCACUCGUCUUGUUAGCAAUGCGGGUACUUCUGCACAUAAUGCUGCAGAUCGUAGCAUUGCUGACAUAUCGGGACCUACUGAGGAUGAUUCACAAUCUUCUGAAACCGACCACGAAAAUACCUUAACCAAUAUAGCAAGUGGAAUGGCAUCCACUCAAGAUUUCUUUUUUGGAGAUGGAACGAUGGACAAUUUAAUUGGUUUAGAUUAUAAUACAAUGAAUACAAUAGACAAUUUACAAGAUUGGACUCUACCUCACGAAGUUUUUCAUCCUCGGCAUCCCAUCAAAGAUUGUUCCCCUCCACCUGAAAUAACUAACGCACCAAGUUCUCCAACUUCAGAUAGUGAAGAUGAGACUAAAAUAGAUAACUUUAUUGGAAGUAGUGAUAUAAAUAAACAUUCUUCUGUUAUAACAAUAUAUUCGGUACCUUCUUUUCCUUUCUGGAAUUUUGAAGAAACAGUUAUUGAUGCAUUACAUUUUUAUGCUAAUCAGGGAGAUGUACAGAUGGCUGUGUCCAUUUUAUUAGUAUUAGGAAAUAGAUUGGAUGGAUGCAUCAAUGAAACUCUGGUUGAAAAUUGGAUAAUUUCUUAUAUAGAACUUCUUAGUCGAUUCAAACUGUGGAAUAUUGCAAAUGAAGUAAUCAAUUUAAGUAGUCUGUCGGCAAUCAAUACACUAAACCAGCAGUCUACGACAAUACGUUCUCUCUGCGGGAAAUGCCGUCAGCCUUUGGGACACGUCGGUUGGGAGUGCACUCGCUGCAACAUCAUGCCGGCACCUUGUAGCAUAUGUCACCAGAUAGUGAGAGGCCUCUAUGUUUGGUGUCAAGGUUGUUGUCAUGGUGGGCAUCAGAAACACAUGGAGAAAUGGUUUCAAAACCAUCGAGAGUGUCCCACUGGAUGUGGACAUUUGUGUGAAUAUGUUUAAAUUCAUCAAUUAUAAAAAUUCAGGUAGAACAAGUCAAGAGAUGAGUAAAGAAUUAGAAUAUAGAUAUUUAAAUUACAUUUUUAAUCAUAAUAAAAAAAUAUCAUAUUUCAAAAACAUAUUUUUGAAAACAGAUUCACAAAAUGAAGUUUUUUGUAUUCCAAAAUGCAAUAUUGCAAUUUUGGCAAAACUGUGUUAAAAAUGAUUAUGUAAAUUUAAUUGUUAAAAAAUUUUUCUACAUAAUAUAAUAAACUCUUAUCUUCAUAGUUGAUGUUCCAUUUCAAGUGAUAAAUUGAGUCAUGUUUUAUGUAUUAUAUUAAUUGUGAUAUAUAUUUAUCCACAUUUUACUAUAAGAAAUGGAUAGAAUGAAAAUUAAAGUAUUUGGUAUGAUUAGACUUUUUUUUUUGAGAUAUUCAGAUUAUGCCACACUUCAUAAAGGAGAAGUUGAAGGGAAAUCCACAAAAAAAGGAAGACCUUUGUACAGCUGGCUGUGCAAACAGCCAGCUGUGGAAAGAAAAAUGUAAGAGAAGUAACAUAGGUUGAUAAGAAAAAGAUUUAUAAGUAUUUUGUUUUUAUUUAAAUAAUUAAAUGGUAAUCAAAUACUUCUUAUCGGGCUACAGUGAGGUUAAUUAUAAGAUAUGAAGCAAUUUUGACUAAAGGUUAAGUCACCAUCUCACAUUAAAAUUAAUAAUUAGUAAUAUUUAUUGGGUUUAUUGUAUAUCAUGUAACAAUUAAAUAGUAUGUGUAACUAGAUUCAUUUGAAUAACUUUAAUAGCAUUUAAAAUUGAAGAAGGAACAUAAAAAUAAAACCACUGAAUGCUGGUGGUUGUGGGUUCGCGCCUGGCCAAUGGGCCAGUCACGUGGAGUUUUGCAGAUUUUCUUCAUGUUAGUAACACCUAAACGGGCCAGUUUCCCAUAGACAUACCUACCGGGAGGCAUCCCAGUUGCAGAUUGCCCACAUGUCCCAUUCAAUAAACCAAACCAAACCCAAAUUUUGCACUCCAGCAGACAAAGAGAUAUCAAAUUUCAUCUACCAAAGAUUAAUGAAAUGAAAUUUAAGGGUUUUUUUUUUAAUAAUAAUUUUAAUACAGUAUAUAAAAAAGAAAUUUUAGCCAAUUUUCAAUUGUAAUCCAACCUCAAAAAACGUCAACGCUUGGCAAAGCGAUAGGAUAGUGCUGUACACGUAAUGAAUUUGAAUUGGGCAAUUAUCUUCAGCAUUAUUGGUUGAUCAGAAACCAAUAUAAAUUAUUUUCAUGAACAUAAUCAGAUAGAGGAUUUUAUAGGCUUACUUCUUGACUCUCUUCCCUGUGGGCACUAAAAUUACCCUUUUUUAGUGAGCCCAUUGUGGAUUGGCCAGUCCCAUACUGGAACGACCGGGCAGGGAUGGAUGGGACCCGACAUAUCUCGAUGGAUUAUCAUAAAGUUCUUGGGAUUUUUCGACCCGUCUGGAUUCUAUCCCAGAUCCCCAUCUUAAUUAACCACCCGCCAAGGAAUUUACAGAUUGUAAAAUUUGAAUCUGAAGGCAUUCGUCUCAAAAGAUCCAGUGGCCCGUAAUUCUAGGAGAAAGAUCUUGCUCCAUAAACUAAUUAUUAAAAAAAAGCUUAAGUGAAAAAUCGAAACCCUUAAGGGAAAAUGAUAUGAAAUUUACUGGACAAUGCAAUUAAUAUACAGAAUUCUUAGGAAAGGCCGUACAUAUUCUAUAACUUUUAAAUCGGCAUUUAUAGGAAAGUGAUCAUGCACAGACUAUUAAAACCCUUAACUGAUGAUGUGGGUCUAUUGGACCCAUGUCACAUUUUUGAUGCCGCUUAUCAGCCGCUGUGUUCAUUUUAACAGCAGAUGCGCUUCAGUGGCUUCAUCAAAUCCAGUGAUUAAACAUGACUUUGUAAUUGGACUUUCACGUUGUUACAAAAAAGUCAAAUUACAAAGUGAAAGGUCGUUUAAUUAGUACAAAACGGUACUUGGUUUAGCAUAAACAGGAAUGAGCAGAAAAGUCUAAGAAAUCAGCGAACAUUUAUGCACAAAACAACACAAAAAAAAUUUAUGUAGCACAAGUACCCGGAAGAUGAUGAGGGACAUAUCCGAAACGGACCCCUCACGUAAACUCACCUAGAUUUGACUCCGGAUCCCCAGGGAGGCCAUUUGACUAUCUCAUCAUCAUCAUAAAAAUCAUUAAGGAAAGAGAAAAAAUAUUCCCAAGUAUGUUUGUAGAAGGGAGGUUUUCUUUUUAAGUUGGUAAUGAAUCUACUGGAAUAACUCGAAGAAUACACAUACUACAAAAAAACCAUUGAAAUAAAAAUGUCAGACUUCAAGGGAGCCACAAGAGUUUCGAUUAAACCAAAUAAUAUACUAAAUGGAGGGAUUAAAGUGCUACAAAAUUAUCUCCUAAACUGAGCAUCUCGGGACACUAGUUUUUCCUAAUUACACUUGUUUCUUGAUGUUCUAUCUCCACGUGUGUGGAGAGGGGAGGAUAGCCAGGGAUUUUCUCCAUGCACGAAGAAAACUCGGGUCCUCAGUGGUUCCCAAUCCUACAGAAUUAAUGUUGCUUUUACUAACAAAAAAAAAACUUUAAGACUUUUUAAUUACUAAAGAAAAUUCUAUAUAUUUUAUUUUUUUAAAAAUGGCUCUAUAUCUGGACCCUUACAAGGUAUCUACGGCCCUGUAUAUCACCUCUGGAAGUUUGGCUAGUUUUUAUCGUUAACACACUAUCAACCUAAUCUUAUUUUUAUAAGUAUUUCGCUGAAUAAUAAUUAAUUCUUUUUAAAAAGUUAAUCAGAACGAAGUU